AUGAGCAACUGCGCGUCACUCGAGAAACGCGACCGGUUUCUAGAGCACAUAGCUAAAAUUGCACCCAUCACACAACGCACCGAGGUGGACUGCCUAGGCUAUGCAUGGUUCCGCAGCGCCGGCGAUAACGAUGUUGUCCCGCAUCAUUGGCUGAGGGGACUGGAGAUAACACCCCAAGCGAACUCAGUGGAUCAUAGAGCAAGCGAGGAGUACAAGGCAUUCCGUGCAGCUGUCGCCGGCGAAUGUCUGCUAUCGAGGCCGAGUGAUCUCCGAUUUUGGAGACCCAUGGGCAUCGGCUAUGAUAGCCGUGAGGGUGGCUUGGACUUGGCAGUGAGAGCACAAGACAGACCCCGAUACGCCGUCGUGCACGAGCUGGAGUUUGAUGCCGAUUGUCGCGGGGUUGUCAAAGCGACUUUAGCAAGACUGGCAGGCCAGGCACUGGAAACCCCUGCGGUGCUGAGUUUCUGGCCCUUGGGCCGCGAAGAGGAAGAUGGGGGAUCUACGCUCGUAUUCAGCCUCUUUUACGACAAGGAAGCUGCCGAGACAUUUGAGUCUGCUCCGAACUCGUGUGUUUGGCAGAAGAUUGCGGGUUUGUGCAAAAGCCAGCGAAGAACAACAUGGAUUGAAUGUGGUAUUGGCUUUAUAGGAAGGAAGUAA